GCUAAGAGCAGCAGCCACACAGCAGUCUGCAGACGUUCCUCUGAAUUUCACACUUUGUGAAGUGAGAAGAUCCACUUAGGAGGGAUGAAGCUACAGCUUUUCAUCGUGAGUCUUCUGAAUGGUCUGGUGCUGACAACCCAAGAGGAGGGAGAGCAGCUGAACCUGUCCACAGAUGAACAGAAUGGAUUCUUUAAUAUCAACAACUUCCAGUCGGACAACACCACCUUUACCUAUGAUUACGCCGGCGGCGAUCCCUGCCAAAGGUUUGUGCCUGGAUUUAAUUCCCUCUGCAUGAUGGCCGUCUACAUCAUCGUGUUCGUCGUCAGCGUCCUGGGCAACGGCCUGGUUAUCAUUGUGGUGUGCUCCAUGUGGAAAAGCAGAACCAGCACAGAUAUCUACUUGAUGCACCUGGCCGUGGCGGACCUCCUCUUCUGCGUCACCCUCCCGUUCUGGGCCACUGAAACUCAUUACGGUUGGGUUUUCGGCAACUUCUUGUGCAAGCUCCUGUCAGGUUUCCAGGAGUUGUCGGUGUUCAGCGGCGUGUUCCUGCUGGCGUGCAUCAGUGUGGAUCGUUACUUUGCCAUCGUCAGGGCCACACGCAGGCUGUCUUCCAAUCACCUGUUGGUGAAGGCGGUCUGUGGUGUUGUGUGGCUCGUCGCUGGGCUGCUGUCUCUACCAGUGGCGAUGAAGAGGCAGAGCAUGGACGAUAAAGAUCUGGAACAGUGGAUCUGCUAUGAUAAUGUGACUGGUGAGAGCAGUGAUGUGUGGCGAGUCAACAUGCACGUUCUGCACCACACUGUGGGCUUCUUCCUGCCUCUGGUGGUGAUGGUCGUCUGCUACGGCUGGACGUUGGUGACGCUGUUCCACUCCCGCAAUCAGCACAAGCACAAGGCCAUGCGUGUGAUCCUGGCGGUGGUGUUGGCGUUCAUUCUCUGCUGGCUGCCUUACAACAUCACCGAGCUGGUCGACACGCUCAUGAGAGGCGGAUCACUGAACGAGAAGUCGUGUGAAACUCGCUACAGGGUGGGGAUGACCCUGGAGGUGACCAAAGUCUUGGCCUACACCCACUGCGCCUUGAACCCGGUGCUGUACGCCUUUAUUGGGGAGAAGUUUUGGAACCAGCUGCUCUCUGCUCUUUACAAACACGGCCUCCUGAGCAAAAGGCUCUGGGUGGCGUACAGGAAGGGCUCUGCUAGCAGUACAGGCAGCAUCCGGUCGAAACAAACCUCCUUUUCGAUGUAGACGCCACCUCGUGGCUCUUUUUAGGAUGCUGGUUGGUUUUUACGAGACGAUGAUGUAAUCGAUUAUUGAAAGUCAUGAAAUGACAGAGUUGUGACUUUUAAGUUAAAUUUUAUAAAAUAUUCUUGGACUUUGGGUGAAGGCGGUAUAAAGCAUAUGUGCUCUUUAUGUAAAAAUUAAUCUGCUUUAAUGAGUCUAGGAUGCUGAUUUAUAACCACGUUAACUUUUACUUAACCUAAUAUUCAACUUUAGUUUAUUCACAUCAGAAACGUCCAAAAGAGGAAGAAGUGGUGAAAGAAGUUUCAGUUUUCACAACCAAAGUGUUGCAAGUCUUUGAUGAAUGACUUUCUUUGCAUCAGCAUUUCUGUAGAAAAUGAAGCAUGUUUUUCUCACCAGUGCUGUAAUCAUACACUCAUCUAACUUCUGUUUUUGUUUUGUUUUUGCCAACUUGUUUUGUGCAUAAUGAAUAAACAAUGUGCUUUUU